AUGAAGUUCACUCUGAUCUCCUCCACCCUCUUCCUGGCCACCGCUGCCAUGGCCUCCCCACAAGGGUUUGACGUGAACUCUAUCGUCUCCGAUGCCGAGGGCAUCUACUCAACUGCCGUCAACGGCGGCCAAUCCAUCGCCUCUGACGCCGAGGGCAUCUACUCAACUGCCGUCAGUGGCGGCCAAUCCAUCGGAUCCGACGUCGCCUCAAAGGCCACCUCUAUCGCCGACGCUGUGAGCACAGGCGGAUCCGCUGCCGUCUCAUCCAUCAAGAGCGAGGCUUCUGCCGUCGCCAGCGAAGGAAGCUCCAUUGGCUCUGAGAUCACUAGCCGGGUUGCCACCGCUGUUUCUGCUCAGACUACAUUGACUGACUCCGCCGGCUCGGCCACCGCUACCCAGUCCACUACCAUAACUAGCACAACAUCCACCGGGUCUGCUUCCGGCUCUCCUUCCGGCUCUUCCUCCACCUCUGCCUCUGAUAAUGCGGCCUUCGCUCGUCCCACUGCUGUCGGCGCUGUUGCUGCUGGUAUGGCCGGUGUCCUUGGUGUCAUGGUUGCACUAUAA